GCCAGUCCAUUGUACUCGAGCGCCGGCUUCUCCCAGCAGCCAGCAAAACUUCUGCAAAAUGGUACAAAAAGCAUGGAGAAUCAUCCCAAGGCCACUACUGGAGACCAUCCUCAACAACCACGCCCAACAUCACCGCGUGCCACAACCCCUCAUUCUCCACGGUCCUCGUGGCGUUGGCAAAACCACCCUCAUCCUUGAACGUUUGCUGGAUGAUUGGAAUACUGGACCUCAUGUAACAGGGUAUGUGGACUUUGCAGAGAAUAUUAAAGAUCAGCACCCAAAGUAUGGUUGUUCAUUUCCGUGGGCAUCAUGGUCAAAUUGUCAGCCGCAGCCGGCUCUUUUGUCUCUCAGAAAUCAGCUUGAAGAAAGCCUUGAGUCCAUGGUUAUAAGGGGUAUAAAGCUGGGUAAAAUUAGUUCGCAUCAAAUAUUUACUACUAUUAACAAAUGGCAUAAUCCCACUACAGCAAUUGAAAGGAUUUGUGGGUUGAAUGUCAUUAAUAGUUUAAGAAUUAACUCAAAAAGGGACGUCGUGAAAAGGGAUGAUUCUAAGAGGAGUAAAAGGAAGGUAUCUGGAGUUGCUGCUGCUAGUUCUUUGUCUAGUUUAUUGAAUUUGUGGGAUAGGGCUGUUUUUCAGCUAUCUGUUCGAUUAAAUGCCAAAGAGAGUUUUGGGGGGGAUGUGAGCUUGGUGGAGGAUUCGUAUUAUAGGGAAGCAAUGGCUGCAUUGGAAUUGGCUAAGGAGGUUAUAAAAGUGCAGCAAGGGUGGAGAGCUAAUGCUAUUAAGCAUUUAAAUGAGACAGGUGGCUUUUCAAGGCCUUUAGCCCAUUCAGCAACUGAUUGGCCUUGUUUAUUGCUUGAAUUAUUGUCUUCUGCUGCUGAAGUAGGUUACUUUCAGCCAAAGCUGGUGAUAAACAACAUUGAUGUCCUAAAGAAUGCAGUUUUGACAGAUGAUACUACUGUGAAUGCAUCCAUGUAUCAUGACAGCUUUAUAUGGAGGACUAUAGCUCUGUGUGUGAAUGAGAGAUGUCUUCCUGUGAUUCUUGUGACGUCAGAUAGCUACUACUCUUACCAAGCUUUUAUUGAUUAUGGAUUUCCAGAUAUUUUCAUCUCUCGUGAGACAUUUGGGUGGACUCCAGCAGAAGCCAAUAUCGUGGUGGGGGUAGAGGACGAGGACGAGGACGAGUACAAGGAACCGAAGGGGUAA